GUGACGUCACGCCCCCUCCGAGCUUCGCUUCCUCCAUCACAGUCAAAUGCAGCUGCGCCAUCUCUCCUUUGUCCACUGAAAAGAGCCUGGCGACGUGCAGCGGAAAGCUACCGGGAGGUUCCGUGACUGAACGGCCAAGUGCGCUACGUUGCGUGAGGAAGCUGCUCGCUCGUCGGUCCGUUUAGGGCGAAGUCGACGAACCCGGCAAGGUUUCGUUGGGUCGUUGGCGUCACGCUGGUGCGGUGCGUUUGUUAGCCACGCGAAUGCUAACGAGAACAAAUCUGAGUCCGCCAUAGAAUCGAGGCCAGAGCAGAAAAGCAGCAUGGAAGACACCAAGUACCUUCCCCAGCUCCUGGCUGAGAAGGACAGCCUGGACUCGUCGUUCACGCACGCCAUGAAGCUAAUUACUGCAGAAAUUGAGAGGAUCCAGAAGGGUGAAGUCAAGAAGGAGCCAGAGAAGGAAACUUAUCUCAACCUGUUCGAUACCAAAAACCUCAAACUCAAAGAGCGAGUUCUCAUUCCCACCAAGCAGUAUCCUAGGGUCAACUUUGUCGGUAAGCUUCUGGGGCCCCAGGGCAGCACAAUCAAGAGACUCCAGGAGGAAACUGGUGCAAAGAUUUCAGUCUUGGGUAAAGGUUCCAUGAGGGACAAAAAUAAGGAGGAAGAGCUGAGGAAAGGUGGCGAGGCUAAAUAUGCUCACUUGACCAUGGAGUUGCAUGUGUUCAUUGAAGUGACUGCACCUAUCCCAGAAGCAUAUCUUCGGAUGGCACAUGCUAUGGAGGAGGUCAAGAAGUUCCUAAUCCCGGAGCCUGGUGAACAUGACCCAUACAUGGAUCCUCAUUUCCUCAAUGGAUCUCAGGAUGGCUCGGGCAGGGGCCGAGGGGGUCACCUGGGAAGAGGCAGAGGUGGACCACCAGGUGCUGGGGGACCAAGGGGGCGAGGAAUCCCACGUGGAGCCCCUCGAGGAGCAAUGCGAGGAGGAGCCCCUCGAGGAGGACUGGGAAGGGGCAGUGCUCCAAGAGGUGCCCCAUCUGGUAGGGGUGGGCCCCCUUCUGCUCCUUCUAGAGGGGGCUCAGCUCCUCGCUCUAGGCCUCCUACAGCAGGUGCUCCAAGGAUGCUCCCCUCAACUGCCCUGUCCCAUCAGCAGCAUCCAGUUGCUCCUUCAUCAUCGCAGCCCAAAGCUGAGGCUUAUGAGGAUUAUCCUUCAUAUGAUGAAUCGUAUGCAGAGACUGCUUAUGAGGGAUAUGAUAGUUAUUAUAGUCAGCAGUCAGCACCUGCGGAUACCGAGUACUAUGAUUAUGGACAUGGAGAGGCCCAAGAGGCAACAUAUGAGCAUUAUGCCCAGGAUGAGUGGGACAGCUCAUGGUCUAGCGCUGGAACGGCAGGAAAAGCGCCCCCGUCCAGGCAGAUGAAGGGCUCGUACAGAGAACAUCCUUAUCCAAGAUUCUGAACCGCUACUGGUAGAGAGUAGCAGCUGUCUCCGACUUUAACUCUCUUAUCUUUUCAAAAGUAAUUUCCCUCUCGGUUGUUUCUUUUUUUUAUGCUUUUAGUUUUGUUUUUUUAAACUGAGAUAUUUUGUUGGAUGUAUAAUAGAGUACAGAGGAGAAACAAACGCUAGGUUUUUCGUUGUUCUAUAUAUAUGUUCCCAUUUACCGUUUUUCAGUUGCAUAGUUGAAGUCUAAUCUAAACUUAACAAAGGAACAAAUGACAUUUAGUAAUAUUUGAUGGUUAGAAUUUUAGUUCAUUGUUCCAGAAAAAAUGUUAGUGGCGAUAAAUUAUUCGGAUGUAGGCUGCAUUUUCAUGGCGGGCUAAAAAUGAAACAAAGUCUCGAUUUAACUAGAUUCGAACAAUUGCAAACUCAAAUACAGCCGAUUGGCCUAAAACCCAUUUGUUCAUACUACAAUACAAAUCCCGUCUUCUGUAAAGUUAAAUUUUCUAAAACUAUAAUGCUCUUGAAAUCCAUUUGAGAAAGACAGGUCUCUAGUUUUGCCACUCCACGAAAUUAGUAUAUUAGGAUUUGUCAUAUAUUACUUGGAAAAUCAAUACAAAUGUUAAAAUACAUCUUGAAAAGCUUGUAGGAUUAACAAGCCUUACUGUAUGUAAGGAAGGCUGUAGCCAACUCAAUACUUUGUACAUAAUCUUAGGACAACUCUGUAUGCUUUAAGUCGUGCCGUCUCCAAAAUGCUUAAUGCUUGUGUAACUUUGGCUAAAUAGGAUACUAAAUAUAUCCCAAAAUGUUUUUCUGCAGUCGUUUCAAUAAAGUUUCUAGUUUCUUUUUAAUCAAUCUUAACAUGGUAUUCUGCCUUUGUUGUUCCAAAGUAAUGGCUUCAGUUUGUGAAAGUCGUUCUCAGUGGUCCCUCAACAACGCAAAGCUGUAUGUAUUCACACCAACCUGAUCUAUAGAACGAGGAACAAAAACAGGCAAAAGCAAAAAUCAGUGUUUUGAAAAUGACUCCGUCUGUUUUAAAACUUCUCUAAAAUGUCACCUAAAAAAAGAAAAAGCUCAUCACUUCAUGAGGUAAUGUGCUGCCGAAUACAUGUUUGACUUGAAUGAUAGUGUUUGAACAUGUAUUGUCAUUUAACCUUUAGUGAUUUAGUGCUUUUCAAGCUCUCGAGAGCAGUUCAUCUUCAGCCACUUGAAAUAACUGUAUUUCAACAGUAUUUCAAAUCAAGCUUGCAGGGAUCUUACUUGACUUUGAUGCAAAGUCAUGCUGGCUGGUUUUUAUAAAAGAAAAAAAUCGCAGAGGAGAGGAUUCUAAAAGCCUAAAGAUCGCCACAAGAAGGUAAAACUAACCCCAACACUCAUUUGUUAGAUUUUUGUUGUUUUAUGUGCAAGUCAUCAAAACAUCAAAAACAUUGAAGUACCAAAUUAUGCUAUCAGUAGUUUAUAUACCGAGCAAAAUAAACCGUAAAAAAAAAACAGAAGUGGUUGUAAUGCAACUCUUGCUCUAAUAAAACCAAUAAUUGUCCCAUUUAUAUCACUCAAUACGUUAACAAUUUCUAUCUUGAUUAUUUCUGUAGAAUAUAGACUUAUGAAAAUUAUAGUAGUUGCACUUAAAGCGAAAAACAUCCCAUUGGUGCACAAAACUCCUUCAGCUCAAGUUGCAUGAUGCUUUUGUAGUAUGUUAGUCUUGCAUGUGUGUGUCCACUGUGCACAGGCAUGUGUGUCUAUGGUCUCACUUCUGUUUCUCCUCUUAGGUUGCCAGAGACCUACACGUGACAUGUACUUUCUGCUCCAAUAUACCAGGCCUUUGAAGGUAGUUUUAAAAUCCUGUGAAUAAGUCGAGGACUCUCAGGAGCAUUGUGAGGAGCAUCUUGGACUGAUUUCGUUAUUCCCACUAAUCUGGGAAGAAUAUUUUUCUUCGACUCAUUUUUGAAUAUGGAAAAUAUUGUGUAUAUAUUACAAUUUUAUAUUAAAAGUUACUGUGAAUUUUAGUUUUUUUAAAAACUGAUAUUCGUUCACUUCUUUAAAAUGAAUACCAACUAAAACCUGGAGGGAUUUGUCCAGUUACAAGUGGCCUCCAUCAGCUGUGAACAUACUUUGCUGUACUGAAACUAUGUUGAAGCACUGAAAUGAAAACUGUUUUAAUAUUUUGUAAGAGGAAGUGUUGUAUGGUCAUUCAUAGUUCUGUAAUCUUUCUACUGCCUUUUCAAUAAAGAGUUUUUUAUGUAAA